AUGGAUUUCGCUGGCUUCUUUCGCUCACAGCUUUGCGUGAAGCUCCCAAUUCCCACAAAACAUUAUACUGGACAAACAGUCAUUGUGACUGGCUCCAAUGUGGGAAUUGGUCUCGAAACAGCCCGUUAUUUCGUCUCCUUGGAUGCUGCCAAAGUGAUCCUUGCAGUCCGAAACACGACAAAGGGUGAACAAGCGGCCAAGUCAAUCACACAAUCAACUGGGCGUACUGGUAUUGUCGAAGUUUGGCAUCUGGAUCUGACGAAGUAUGACAGCGUCAAAUCAUUCGCUGAGCGGGCAAAGAGCCUGGAGCGGCUCGACAUAUUUGUCAACAAUGCUGGAAUCCUCGUGUACGACUUUGAGAUUGCAGAAGACAAUGAGUCCACAAUUACCGUGAAUGCAGUGAGCUCAAUGCUUCUGAGCAUUCUCAUUCUACCAAAGCUUCGGGAAUCCUCGGUCCAGUACGGAAAAGAGAACGUCUUGACGUUCACCGGGUCUUUUGUCCAUUACAUGACAGAUUUCCCGGAGCGAAAAGCCCCAAAUAUCUUGGAGGAGCUGGCAAAUAAAGACAGAGCAGAUAUGAAAAAUAGAUACUACGUCUCCAAAAUGGUCCAGCUCCUCAUGAUCCGAGAGCUCGCAAACCAAAUCACCAACUCCUCGCUACCUGGAAACAUCACCGUCUCAGCUGUAAACCCAGGAUUCGUCAAAACCGAAGUUAUGAGGAACGCAAGUCUCGCAUUUCAUCUCAUCUUCAGACCAUACCGAAAACUCGUCGCUCGUUCAGCACAAGAAGGGGCUAGGACAAUGCUUCAUGCGGCAGCGGGUGGAAAAGAGACCCAUGGUCAAUACUUGAGUGAUUGCGAGGUUGCUGUUACUUCCGAACUGGUAAGGAGUCCAGAGGGCGCAGAGGCUCAGAAGAAGCUUUGGGCCGAAUUGUCGGCACUACUUGAGAAGAUUGUUCCGGGUAUCAUGCAAAAUAUUUGA